AAUAUUAUCUGGAAUUCGCCAUAAAAUUAGCCAAGCAGUGCGGGCAAAUAAUUCUUGAUGCAUCAAAUGCAAGAUAUUCUACAAACAGUAAAGUUCUCUCGAAAUAUGACAAUAAGACAGACUUAGUAACCGAAACUGAUCAAAUGAUAGAAGAAUUGAUUAAAUCAAAGUUGAAAGAAUGUUUUCCAGAGCAUAAGUUUAUCGGUGAAGAGACAAAAGCUGCUGGAUAUAAAUAUGAAUUCACAGAUGAUCCAACAUGGAUUGUUGAUCCAAUAGAUGGAACGACAAAUUUUGUUCAUGGAUUUCCAUUCGUGGCGGUCUCUAUCGGGUUAACAAUAAAUAAGGAACCGGUUGUCGGCGUAGUGUUUAAUCCAAUCCUUAACGAAUUAUAUUCAGCUCGAAAAGGUCAUGGCGCAUUUCUAAACCAGACGACUAGACUUCCGCUCUCAUAUCCAAACCCUCCCCUUCAGCUACCAUCUUCUCUUGAUAAGUGCUUAGUGGUUACAGAGUAUGGCAGUGAUCGAUCCAACAAUACCAUUAGUAAAAAAAUAAAUUCUGUUCAUAAUUUGCUGCGUAAGCCUGGUGCUGUUUCUUGGUCAUCUAAAAAAGCUGGUUUAGUUAGGGGUAUUAGGAGUGUUGGUAGUGCUGCCUUGAAUACUUGUCAAGUUGCUCAGGGGCGUGCUGACAUUUUUUUUGAAUUUGGAUGUUGGGAAUGGGAUGUGGCAGCAGCUCUCGUAAUUCUUAAUGAAUCGGGUGGUAUGAUGGUAAAUGCUCAAGGGUACGAUGAAGGACCGGUUGACAUUUUUGGUCGCAAAUAUUUAGCAAUUAGAGGUGGAUCACCUUGCGAUGGCGAUGAAGAUUCUAAACAGAGUCAAUUAAGGUUAAUUAGGGAAAUGUGGGAUGUUAUCGAGGAUGUUGAUUGUCCUAGAACUUGA